AUGGGACGUGUCAGCAGGCUACUGCACUACGAUGGCUCUGAUGACAACUUCACAAUCUGGGACCAGAAGCAGUUAGAAACCGUCUAUGUCUGCCGUGUCGAGCCCGCCUCCGCCAAUGAGGUUUCCCGAGUACUGCAGGUUCUGGUGGACAACUGGUGCCGGUUCGCUGUCAAGUGUGGUGGUCACUCACGAUUUCCGGAUGACUCCGUCUCUGUCGGCGGUGUUACUAUCGAUCUAGGGCUGAUGAACAGCACGUUGGUUUCAGAUGACAAAACUACUGCUCGCGUUGGAGGCGGAUCUCUCACACGUCAGGUUUUCGCUGCUCUCGAUCCGUACGGUCUAGCCUAUGUUGGAGGACGGGUCGGACAAGUCGGCAUGGGUGGUUACUCCCUUGGUGGUGGCACGUCCGCCCUCUCCGCGAAGUAUGGUUGGGCCCUGGAUCAUGUGCUGGAGUACGAGCCAUCUGUCUACACUGGGGCUCGCACCUUCCCCGAUAACCAGACUGGUCGAUUUCUCGAGGAAGCCGAGAAGAUAUUCACAAUUGAAGACCAUGAAGAUACUAAUAUUGGCCUUGAGUACCGCACAGCAUACGCUCUGGCAAACGACUUCAUUGCAGAUUUCCAAGCUGCAGCUGAGAGCGUCAAUGCGUUACACCCCUUUCUGUAUAUUAACUAUGCGGACAAGGGGCAAGAUGUCUUUGCCAGCUAUGGAGACGAGAACAAGCAGAGACUUGUCGAAAUCCAAAAAGCUAUUGACCCGAACGGUGUUUUCACGUCCUCGGGACUCUGGACUGGAUUCUUCAAAGUACGUUGA